GUCAGUCUGUCAGUAUCUGAAUUGGUGGGGUGUGGGUGAACGUGUUUACUUAAAUUAUAUCAUAAAAUAAAAAUUAAAAACAUCUUAGCAAUAGGUUUUAUCUCGUGAUGACAUAGUGCAAUUCGUUAUACAAAUAUUGAGUUUGUCUUAUGAACUGAAUAAGGAAAUACUGAGAAAAAAAUGGGUGCUAAAGUGUCUAGAACGGAUUUCGAAUGGGUUUAUACGGAGGAGCCUCACGCUAGCCGCCGAAAAAUAAUUCUAGAGAAAUAUCCUGAGAUCAAACAGUUGUUCGGCUAUGAUCCUCUUUUCAAAUGGGUCGUGCUCAGUAUGGUCCUGGCGCAGUUCGCGAUGAUGCCCAUAGUCCAGCACCUGAGCUGGCCGAUGACCCUGAUUCUCGCCUACUGCUUCGGCGGAGUCAUAAAUCACUCUCUGAUGCUUGCGAUCCACGAGAUAGCGCAUAAUCUAGCGUUCGGUCACAAUCGCCCAUUACACAACAGGCUAUUCGGAUUCUUCGCGAACCUCCCGAUAGGCGUACCGAUAUCGAUCAGCUUCAAGAAAUACCAUUUGGAACACCACAGGUACCAAGGAGACGAAGUUAUAGAUACUGAUCUACCGACCCUGCUGGAAGCAAAACUGUUUUGCACGACGGGCGGGAAGCUGUGCUGGCUGUUCUUGCAGCCCUUCUUCUACGCCCUGAGGCCGCUCGUGGUCAGGCCAAAGCCGCCCACGCCCCUGGAGCUCAUCAACCUGAUCAUUCAGCUGUUUUUCGACGCCGUCGUCGUGAAGCUGUUUGGUUGGAAGGUGCUGGGGUAUUUGGUGUUUGGUUCGCUGAUGGCGAUGGGCGUCCAUCCAGUGGCGGGUCAUUUCAUAUCCGAGCACUACAUGUUCAGGAAGGGCUUCGAAACGUAUUCGUACUACGGGCCCCUGAACUGGAUCACGUUCAACGUUGGCUACCACAACGAGCACCACGACUUUCCCGCGGUCCCAGGCCGGAGGCUGCCCGAGGUAAAACGCAUAGCUUCGGAGUUCUAUGACACGCUGCCUCAACACAAUAGCUGGUCAAGCGUACUGUAUGACUUCGUGAUGGAUCCUGAAAUCGGUCCUUACGCCAGGAUGAAAAGGAAGCACCACGGCCUAAAGAGCUAGGUACAGGUUAUUAUUAAAUAAAAAAUAUGUAUACAUAUAGAGGACAGAAGGGCUAUUUGAUUUAAGCGAAAUUUCGAUGGAUACGCGACAUUUAUCUUUGUAAUUAGACGUACGUUUUAUUUGGUAUCAGCGUCAACAGUUCGAUGUUUUUAACUGAACUUCAAUUAUGUUUACUCCAUUCGAAUAUCUGAAGAAGUAUUAUUUUUGAUAAUUUUUACCAAAUUUUAACCUACAAAAAAAAAGGUUAAUUGUGUGGACGAGCUCACAGCCCACCUGGUGCUAAGUGGUUACUGGAGUCCAUAAGCAUCUAUCAACGUAAAUGCCGUCACUCGCUUUUGAGAUAUGAUUUCUAAGGUUUAUAGUUACAACGGCUGCCCCACCCUUCAAACCGAAACGCAUUACUGCUUCAUGGUAAAAAUUGGCAGGGUGGUGGUGCCUAGCCGUGCGGACUCACAAGAAGUCCUACCACCAGUAAAGGGUUCUCCUGUAAUGUCGCUUAAACUAAAUCGCCUUUCACCCCUCGAUAUCUAUUAACAUAUAUGAGACAGUCAGCGCAAAAGUGCCCUAAGCUUUCACUAUAGUCAGUGUGGAGGGGUAUCAUAAUGAGGGGUCUGAACUUAAUUUUUACACUACUUCGUUGGCAAAAACAAUACCGUAAAAUGUGGGAAUUUGGACACUUUUUAAGUUCAACAUUGUUUUUUAUCGUUUUUAAAUUUUCAUUUAUAAUGCAUUAAGAUAUUGUUUAAAAAGAAUAAUCAUAAGAAGUUACAAAAACUCACUUGUCCCUAUUCACCCAGGCUAUGGGGGGGGGGUGAAUCGGGUCGAUUAAGAGGACAAUAGAGUUUUUCGAUAGUGUUGGCACUAUUUAGUUGUUAGGUAGGUACCUAACUUUAGUUAAUUAACUUUUUAAUAUCUUUAAUGAGUUACAAAACUUUGAUGACUAAAUUGAGCUAUUUAAUUUUCGUGAAUACUAAAUAAAAGUCAUAUUCAGUUGAACAAAUUAAAUCGAACAGCUCAACAAAGAACUGUGACGUCCCAGAUUUGUUCCUAAUUCUAACUCUAGUCUCUAUUCCCCCCAAUCAACUGUACUUAACUUGUAUUGACAACUGUAACAUGACAACUAUGAAAUUCAUCGCUUGCAUCAUUCCACGUGCGUUGAAAUUAACGUCAGACGCAUACUGUCGACCCGGAUCCGUAAAGUUUCUGACGCCGUAAAACGUGAAUCCCUGAACGACUGCCGCAAUGACGGAACCACAGAUUGCAGUGAAUGCGCGAAAAUAAUGUUUACAAAGCCAUAUGUUAUCUACGGGUGAUACUAAGCAUAGGCCAGUUUAGCAUUUAUUAUGUUUUAAAUAAAUUGCAAUAUAUUAUGUAUAUGAUAAAUUGUGGGUUAGGUCACUUUUGCGCUGACGACCUCAUUUAAUAUAUUAUUUAAAUGUAAAACCAAUGUUUAAAGGGUUCCUUUUUAUGAGAGAAAUCGCUUCUCGUUUGUAAACUUCAGUUAACUGAAGCUACUUCGCUGUAAGCGAACGUGUGUGAGAUAUAAUAUUUGUACUAUAGAUAUUACUUUAAAUUUUUGAUAUUGAUGCACGCGUAUAGACGAGGUUGCAGCUGAUCGUUGAGCGGUUACCGGUGCCCAUGGGUAGCAACGCGUGACUGCAUCGUAACGUGAGCUCGAAAUGCCGAAUCGUUGAGAAAGAAUAUAGCGCGUACUAAAAGCGUUGUUUGGCUCAAAACUAGUCCUAUACCUAAUAAGUGCAGAUAUACACACACACAGUAAUUCGCACCUUUAGAAUUGGGAAUGGAAUGUUAUAAGAACAAAGAUAAAUUAUACCAAUUAAUGAUUACAUGUUUUGACAAAGAAUUCUAUUACCCAAACUAUUUUCUGAUUAAAACAUGCGUUGGUGGCCGCAUGAAAUAAGUUGCGGGUCGUUGCCUGGAGAGCCCUUUACUUACCUUUACUAGACCUAGAUUUGAAGGGUGAGACAGCCGUUGUAACUAUACUGAGACCUUAGAACGCAUAUCUCAAGGUGGGUGGCGUAUUUAUGUUGAUGUCUAUGGGUCCCAGUAACCACUUAACAUCAGGUGGGCUAUGAAGCUUGUCCAUCCAUAAAUAUAAUAAAAAAAAAAAAAGCGACAAUCCAAAAUUAUUAUUUUUGUUAAACUCCAGAACUGUAAUUGAAGAUUUGAAAUGUCUUCGUUUUUCGAUUUUAAUAUUUUAAGGUAUGCGGUUGAUUUAAAAGAGACAGAAAGAGUACUUUGUCUUUUUCUGGACUAAAAGACUGUUUAAUUUUAUAAACUGAUAGAAUAAAUGUUUUAUCAGUAAUUCGAAGUGUAAAGCUCGUUUUAUUAAAUUUUUUAGUUAAGGCCCUUCAAUUCUUAAGGUGCGAAUUAUAUUACUUUUUUUUUUCGGUUUCCGUGAGUCAUACAAUUAAAUAUAGUUAAAGCCACUUUUACGGAUUAAAUUAGAUUUUACAAAAAUAACAAUAAAGAAAAUAAAGAAAGUCAAUGCAUUAUUCUAAUGUACUCGAAAUUAGAAUUUUCUAAUGAAAAAUUUUCUAAUGAAAUUUUCUAAUGAAAUAUGUACUCAACAAAUGUUCACGAUUGACUUCCACGGUGAAGGAAUAACAUCGUGUAAUAAAAAUCAAACCCGCAAAAUUAUAAUUUGCGUAAUUACUGGUGGUAGGACCUCUUGUGAGUCCGCGCGGAUAGGUACCACCGCCCUGCUUAUUUCUGCCGUGAAGCAGUAAUGCGUUUCGGUUUGAAGGGUGGGGUAGCCGUUGUAACUAUACUGAGACUUUAGAACUUGUAUCUCAAGGUGGGUGGCGCGUCUACGUUGUAGAUGUCUAUGGGCUCCAGUAACCACUUAACAUCAGGUGGGCUGUGAGCUCGUCCACCCAUCUAAGCAAUAAAAAAAAAUAAAAAAAAAGAAUAAUGCAUGCCUCGGCCUUCCAUGACCACGUUAACGGUAAUUCGAAGCGUCAGAAAUAAUACAGUGAGCGUAAAAAACGCGAGAUUAAACCUGUAAAUUAAUUUUAAUUAAACCGUAAAAGUAGUUUUAAUAAAACCGUAAAAAAUAUUUUAAUUUAAACAUCAACAACUCUACAAAAUUAUACCUAGCGUUUUGAUAAAAAAGCCUAUACAGGGGUAGAUUAAUUAUAUUAAAUGCUUGCUAGCAGUUACUGGGUAUUUAUGAAAUUUUGUGCAAAAAAAAAUUUGUUACAUAAUUGUUUACAAAAAAAAAAUGCAUUAUAAUAAAUUUAUCGUAUCGAUGGGGUGAAAGGCUAUUUUUUUAAAGCGACAUUUUUGAAACUUUACUGGAGAGCUGUUUAAAGUGUAAAAUUGGAAAAAAAAAUAUCAUGACAAAAAAAACUCCCUCAGAUAUUUGAAUGUAGUAAAUUUAAUUGGAGUUCAAUUAUAAACAUCGAACUGUUGAUGAUGAUACUAAAUAAAAUGCACCUUUAAUUACAAAGAUAAAUGUCGCCUAAAUUAAAUACCCUUUCAUCUCUCAAUAUAUGGACCGUUUAUUUUGAAAGUGGUGUAAGUCCAUUUUCUUUUGUUUCGAGAAAAUUAAAGGUUGCUAUAUUUGUUGAUUUAAAAAUAUAGGCAAAUCAUAUGAGGUCUGGCUACACCACCUACCUCUGUCAAUUGGACUUACACCACUUUCAUAAUCCAUGAUUAUGCAAUUUCAUUUACCGACCGAUUUUAAGUUGUACAAAACAUGGGAUUUUUUUGAGAAAUUAAACACGGACUAGUUAUAUAUAAAAAAAUUACAUUAAGUUAAGCAUGAAUUACGUGAUAGCUCAUUUUUCUCAAAAUUGAACUUCACCACUUUCAAAAUAAACGGUCAAUAUAAUAAUAUAUUUUAUGGAUACAUAACGCGCCGAUUCGAUUCUUAGCUGAGCGAAUUACGUAUUUUAUAAAUACGAGUGUAAUAAUUGAAAUUGAAUUAGUUUUCUCAAAUUUAAUUCAAUUAAUUAACUCGUAUUCUAUUAAUAUAAUUGGAUUCAGUUAGUUGCGUUAAGAACGUUUUCAAAUCGUGUAUUAGAUUUCGAUUAAAACACUAAAUGUAUUUGGAAGCCUAUGGGUCAUAAAUUAAUUUUAUUAAAGGAGAGUUGAGAGGUUUUUGGGGUUAUAUUUUUAAUAAUACUGUAUACACAAGAAAUCAAUAAUAAAACUUAUUUAUUGUUAUUGUAAAAUAUGUUUUUUCUUAGUUUUAACUCAUAUGAAAGAGACUGUAGUGUAUCUCUUGUGUUACUUGUAUAGUUUUAUUUUUACUACCUGUAUAGGCAGACGAGCAAACGGGCCACCUGAUGGUGAGUGGUUACCGUCGCCCAUGGACAUCAGCAAUGCCAAGGGCGGAGCCAAGCCGCUGCCUACCGUUAAACACUCUCCACAAGCCUCGUUUGAAGAAGGACAUGUUAAAUCAUGGAAACCUGACUACGCCAAAUACACGAAUCCUCCCCCCCCAUUAUCUGAAGCGUAUUGGUCCUGUAUUCCCCCCCCCCCAUUAUUUGAAUCGUAUUGGUCCUGUUUCGACUUAUAUUCUUCCUAAUUACAAUUGCUUCAAAUAAUUAUUUAAAUAAAAACACUAUAUUGGCGUUAUAGACUCUUAUAUUUUAAGAUAACGUUAGAAGAACUAAACUUGACUUGUAAAUAGUAUAUUUUGAUCUAUAAUCGAAUAUCAGUUGUCAUGUCAUUAACAGCAGUCAGAACGAGACGCCCAUAGGUUGAGGCUUCGUACUCGUCAGACCGGUCGACUUUAGUAUUAAUGUGACGUGAUUGCGUUCACGAAUGCUCACAACAACUCAUCGGCGUACCGACAGUGUUAAUGACACUGGCGAAGGUAGCAUCUGAGCCGCUUAUUGUCAGCGCAACGUAUCGAUACAUUUAUUAUAAAAGUUUAAUUGUAUGUUUAUUGGAAUUAUUACAUGUGUAUUUUAAUCUCAAAUCGAUAUGUUGAAUUUAGUUUUUUUGUUUUGUUUGGAAAAUAAAAUACUCAAAAUUGUAUUGGAUAUUACUUAUAGGGACUUUAAAAAAAUAAAAUUUAUAAAGUUUUAUAAA